AUAUCAAGAAGUACUGAGACCCAGAUAAGAUUUUCCAUCAAAAGCUUUGAUUUUUCCUUCUUUAAAGGGAACAAACGAGCUAUGGAUGUAGUACAUGGAGAGAAUGGAGUUGAAGAAGCCAAAGGAAUUGGAAACUACUCGCCACAUAAGGGCAGUUUCAGUUUUGUUCAGGAAAGGUCUCCAAGAAGUACAUUGAGUCCACAAAGUCCACGGAGUUGCUCAAUUGAUUUGGCCAUUGAUGGUGUGGUGGAAACCUCGAUCGAGCAGCUUUAUAACAAUGUCUGUGAGAUGCAGAGCUCUGACCAGUCGCCCUCGGCUAGCUACAUAUCAUAUGGGGAGGAAUCGAGGAUUGAUUCAGAAUUGUGUCAUCUUGUUGGAGAUUAUGGAGAGUUGGAGGUAACUAAGGAGGUGGUGGUGGAGAACAAAGAAGAGGGCAGUGUUUCUGUUGGUGACUUGACUCUCAAGAUAGAAGAUGUGACUGGAAAUAAGAAGGCUUUGAAGAAGAAUAAGAGCCAAUCAUCUGCAAAGAAUCAUUCUCAGUCACAGAUGGAAUCUGAAGUAUCCACAAAAUCAAGUCCUAAGAGCAAAUCUUCCCAUGAGAAAAAUCCAGUUGCAAGAAAACCAAAUGCAGCUGUUGCUGUGAUGAAAAAGCAGAGAAACCAUGGUGUUCUAGGUGCACGGCUUCAGAAUGGCAUUGGGGACCCUGAGGCAGGAUUGGAUGAUCCAGACCUGGGUCCAUUUCUUCUAAAACAGGUCAGGGAUAUGAUUUCUUCGGGCCAAAAUCCACAAAGGGCUCUUGAAUUAGCUCUUCGAGCAAUAAAAUCAUUUGAGAAAUCUGCAAAUGGGAAACCCAGUUUAGAGCUGGUGAUGUGCUUGCAUGUCUUGGCAGCAUUAUACUGCAGCUUGGGACAAUACAACGAGGCAAUUCCUGUUCUUGAGCGCUCGAUUGAAAUUCCAGUGAUUGAAGAUGGCCAGACUCAUGCGCUCGCUAAAUUCGCAGGGUGCAUGCAGUUGGGAGACACUUAUGCAAUGCUGGGACAAAUUGAGAACUCGAUUUUAUGUUAUACCGCAGGUCUGGAGAUCCAGAAACAGGUCCUGGGAGAAACAGAUCCUCGAGUUGGCGAGACGUGUAGGUACGUAGCUGAGGCACAUAUUCAGGCAUUGCAGUUUGACGAGGCAGAGAAGCUCUGUCAGAUGGCUCUUGACAUCCACAGAGAAAAUGGUUCCCCUGCUUCUAUUGAAGAAGCAGCAGAUAGGAGACUCAUGGGACUCAUCUGUGACUCAAGAGGCGAUUAUGAAGCUGCUCUAGAGCAUUAUGUUCUAGCUAGCAUGGCCAUGGCAGCACAUGAUCAUGAAGUGGAUGUUGCUUCAAUUGACUGCAGCAUUGGAGAUGCAUAUCUGGCACUUUCUAGGUUUGAUGAGGCAGUUUUUGCUUAUCAGAAAGCACUCACGGUCUUCAAAUCUGCGAAAGGGGAGAAUCAUCCAGCAGUUGCCUCAGUUUUUGUUCGUUUGGCUGAUCUAUACAACAAGAUAGGAAAAUUGAGGGAUUCUAGAUCCUACAGUGAAAAUGCACUCAGGAUUUAUGGAAAGCCUAAUCCUGGGAUCCCUGCAGAAGAGAUAGCUGCCGGUCUCAUUGACAUUGCUGCCAUCUAUCAAUCCAUGAAUGAGCUAGAUCAAGCACUCAAACUACUCAAGAAGUCUUUGAGGAUUUACAAUGACACUCCAGGUCAACAGAGCACCAUUGCAGGCAUCGAGGCACAGAUUGGGGUCAUGUAUUAUAUGAUGGGGAAUUAUACUGAAUCCUAUAACACCUUCAAGAGUGCUGUUUCAAAGUUCAGAGCCAGUGGGGAGAAGAAGUCAGCCUUGUUCGGGAUUGCCCUGAACCAGAUGGGUCUUGCCUGUGUGCAGAAGUAUGCCAUAAACGAAGCAGCUGAUUUGUUUGAAGAAGCAAGAAGUAUUCUAGAGAAGGAAUAUGGUCCUUGUCACCCUGAAACCUUGGGAGUCUAUACUAAUCUAGCGGGAACCUAUGAUGCAAUGGGAAGAUUGGAUGAUGCCAUUGAAAUUUUGGAGUUUGUUGUUGGUAUGAGGGAAGAAAAACUUGGAACAGCAAAUCCUGAUGUUUAUGAUGAAAAAAGGCGGUUGGCUGAGUUAUUGAAGGAAGCAGGAAGGGAAAGAAGCAGGAAAUCCAGAUCACUGGUGACCCUUCUUGACACCCACACUGAAAUUUUAAAAGAUGAAGGCAUCACAGUAUUAUGAAGAUCAAUGAACAUUUUACAGAAGAUGGAUCAAGUGUUUGGUUUGUCAAAUUCAUUUCUAGUGAAUUGGAGUGUGAAUCAGGCUUGGAAAUUUGUCUUGGGCAGGGAGUCAAAUGAAAGCUACACCUGUACUUUCAUUGUUUAUGUAACUUUGUAUACCUUGUUGAAAUUUUAAUAAAGAAAUGGUGGGGUUUCAUUGUCUUCGCUCAUAAAGCAGGUCUGAGAGAGCUAUAAAAUCAGAAUUUUGUU